UAGCGCCAUCUGCUCGCGGCGCCGCCUCCCGCUCCUCCCGCCGCCGUCGCCGCCGCCGCCCUGAGUCACUGCCUGCGCCGCUCCGGCCGCCCGGCUCCGCGUCCGAGCCUCCUGGAACGAUAUUUGGAGUUCUUACAAGAUGGCAGACAUUGACAACAAAGAACAGUCUGAACUUGAUCAAGACUUGGAUGACGUUGAAGAAGUAGAAGAAGAAGAAACUGGUGAAGAAACAAAAAUCAAAGCGCGUCAGCUGACUGUUCAGAUGAUGCAAAAUCCUCAGAUUCUUGCAGCCCUUCAGGAAAGACUGGAUGGUCUGGUAGACACACCAACAGGAUACAUUGAAAGCUUGCCUAAAGUAGUCAAGAGACGAGUGAACGCUCUCAAGAAUCUUCAGGUUAAAUGUGCACAGAUAGAAGCCAAGUUCUAUGAGGAAGUUCAUGAUCUCGAAAGGAAGUAUGCUGUUCUCUAUCAGCCUUUAUUUGAUAAGCGAUUUGAGAUCAUUAAUGCAAUUUAUGAGCCUACAGAAGAAGAAUGCGAGUGGAAAGCGGAUGAGGAGGAAGAAGUUUCGGAGGAACUGAAAGAAAAGGUCAAGAUUGAAGAUGAGAAAAAGGAUGAAGAAAAAGAAGACCCUAAAGGGAUUCCAGAAUUUUGGUUGACAGUUUUUAAGAAUGUUGAUUUGCUCAGUGAUAUGGUUCAGGAGCAUGAUGAGCCUAUUCUGAAGCACUUGAAAGAUAUUAAAGUGAAGUUCUCAGAUGCUGGCCAACCCAUGAGUUUUAUCUUAGAAUUUCACUUUGAACCCAAUGAAUAUUUCACAAAUGAAGUGUUAACAAAGACUUACAGGAUGAGGUCAGAACCGGAUGAUUCUGAUCCCUUUUCUUUUGAUGGACCAGAAAUUAUGGGCUGUACAGGGUGCCAGAUAGAUUGGAAAAAAGGAAAAAAUAUUACUUUGAAAACCAUUAAAAAGAAGCAGAAACACAAGGGACGUGGGACAGUUCGUACUGUGACUAAAACAGUAUCCAACGAUUCUUUCUUUAAUUUUUUUACCCCUCCUGAAGUUCCUGAGAAUGGAGAUCUGGAUGAUGAUUCGGAGGCUAUACUGGCUGCAGACUUUGAAAUUGGUCACUUUUUACGGGAGCGGAUAAUCCCGAGAUCAGUGCUGUACUUUACUGGGGAGGCUAUUGAGGAUGAUGACGAUGAUUAUGAUGAAGAAGGUGAAGAAGCUGAUGAGGAAGGGGAAGAAGAAGGAGAUGAGGAAAAUGACCCUGACUAUGACCCAAAGAAGGAUCAGAACCCCGCAGAGUGCAAGCAGCAGUGAAGCAGAAGGCCUGGCCUUGAGGACGGCCUGCCCUGGACUACCUUCUGCUUUCCUGGAAAGGAUGGACUCACAUCAUUUGAACCUAUUUUGAAUUUUUCUCUUGUUUGUUUGCCUAAUUUUGUUUUUAUAGCCUAAAAUAAAAAUGUCACACAGUUUGAGCUGU